AUGGCGUCUCAAGGUUUCUGGUUCUCGCGAGAAGGGCUCACCGCGGACGUGGUGGGAAAGCUACUGCAAAGGACCGUCCUCAGCCCCUGGAAGACCCUCCCUCUUAUCCUACUCGCACAUUACACCUCAAAAGGCAAAGACACGGCGCUCCAGUAUCCCCAAGCCUACCAAGCCCUGAAAGUUCUGGCCUCUCUUGCUGUCAUCCGUCGAGUAAACGCAUGGCUUAAUCACCGCGCAUUGAACAACGGCGUUUCAGACCAAUAUGACUGGAACAAGGAAGUUGUCGUGCUCACGGGCGGUAGCAACGGGAUUGGCAAACAGAUCGCGCAGCUUCUCGGAAACCGCGGUAUCAAGGUCGCCAUCCUAGACAUCCAAGCGCCGCAGGACGCCCUCCCACCCACCGUGCGCUUCCACACAUGCGAUAUAACCUCUCCAACAGCCAUCGCCGAGGUCGCUGCAACCAUCCGCAGGACAAUGGGCGAGCCCACAAUCCUAAUCAACAAUGCUGGAAUCUGCAGCAGCCGCACCAUCCUCGGCAGCACCGAGUCCCAGACCCGUCUGCAGUUCGAGGUCAAUACCCUUGCGCACUAUUGGCUGACAAAGGAGUUCCUGCCGGCCAUGGUCAAGCGCAACCACGGCAUGGUAGUGACCGUCGCCUCGCAGGCUGGAUACACCGUCACCCCCAGCAUGGUGGACUACUCAGCCACUAAGGCGGCUGCGAUUGCCUUCCACGAGGGUCUAGGCGCGGAGCUGGUUACGCGGUAUAAUGCGCCGGGCGUGCGCACCGUGCUUAUCACGCAGAGUUUCGUGAAGACUGCACUGAUUGACAAGCUAACGCCCGAGGAUACUUUCAUCAACCCGCUGCUGCACCCGGAGACGGUGGCGGAGAAAAUCGUGGGACAGGUUCUCACUGGGUCGAGUGGUCACGUCCUUGUUCCGGGCUCGACUGGAUGGAUUGCGAAGUGCCUGCGCGGAUUUCCGCUGUGGUUCCAGCAUCGCAUUCGGUUGGAUUUGGAGCGCUUGAUGCGUGCUGACUAG